AUGGAAGCAGUGAAACCAAAGAAGCCCAGACCCAAGGAGCGUGCUCCCGUUCGAGAAACACCUCCCGUUCCAUCGCGGCCUGCCGUGGUAAUGGGAAUGAGGUUGCCCGAGGUUCCUCAACAUGAGCCUUGCAGAACCAGCAGCCCGGAACCAGAAGAAGUUGUGUUGUCGGAUGAUGAACAGCCGUCUACUUCUACAGUGGUCACUGAGACAGUUGAUGUUCCUCAUUCCGAUGAAGUUCUGUCGAAUGGAACAGCUAUCGAAUCUGAAAAGACGCACAGAACACUAUUGCGAGACUCAGCAGACAUUACGCAUCAUGGAUUCCCAGCCUGUAGUCACAACGUUCAACUUGAGAACCUAAUGUUUGGAGCUUCAUUCAGCACGCCCAUUGUGGAAGCUUCUUCCUUACCAGCACAAGUGGCCGUCUUCGAUCCUGUUUGUUAUCCAUCAAUUCCUCAACUUUCUGAAAGCACUAUGAACUCUACAUACACUACGACAGUUGCUCCACCUCCUCUAUAUGAAGAGCUCUCUAAAGGGAUCAUGGAGAAGGCAAGGAUUUUCAUUAUCCAAGAUACAAUUCAAACCUCGUUAUCCUUAGAUGUCAACGUUUUUCAGAGCGCGGCCAUUGCUGGACCACAAGUAGCUGAUGCACCUCCAUUAUAUCCGUCUUUGACGAAAACGCACUAUGAAAAAGACUGUCAUGGACUGCUCACCGAGCAAAAUUUGCUGGCGUUCUACCACAAUCCUCUCUACAUGAUGAGUGAAGAGUUUACGGACAAGUUUGUGGAGAACAAUCUGAUAUCCUCUGGUCCACUUUUCCCCCUUCUGAAGCGGCUGAAAAAACUGUGUGAACAAAUGGCAAUAAGUGAAGUUAGCGAAAAGGAAAAUACUGAGAGCCUUUCCAAAUGCUUGCGUGAUUGUUGGGUUAUGCAACAGCAAACUUUCGAGUCCAAGGGCAAGUGCGGUGAAAACAAGGAAGCCACUGGAACAGGUCGAUUCCACAAGUCGGUCUUGUGUAUGGAGAAAGUGGAAGAGCUGAAGAAUCUGCUUGCUGCCAAUAGAACUCAUCUGCUUGACGAGCGCAUCUGCCAAGAAUCACAAUUUCGAGCAACUGCGCUACAAGUUCAAUGGGUUGUAAUCUCUAUUAAUCAGCAGUUUAUGGAAGAAAAUGGAUUGUCUCUUCAGAGUCCACCCACAUGUGAGUUCCCAUCGUUAGCCAAGCGCUUUACUGAUGCCUUGACAGGCUGGGCUAAAGAACUAAUAUGCGUCUUGUAUAUGCUAUGCCGGUGUGAAGACGCCCAGUUUGUUUUGAAUCAUCUUCUUCGUCUUCCUUCUCCUAUUGUAGAGUGGGCAGCUCCCUUUGUACAAACAUUUAUUCAGGCUCCGUCCCCACCGAAAGUAAAAGUCGACUACUGUGUUACGAUGCUCUCUCAUCUGAUGAAUCCUAUCUCUGCACGUGAAACGUUCCUCCGUCAAAUAGGCCUGUCGGAAAGCGAAGACUCGACCUGGGCUAUUUUGAGUGGAGAUGAGGAAGAGGGCGACUUCUCUCUUGUUACAAUCAACGAGGCCGAUCUUACGGGGCUUCUCGAUCAGCUUCCUAUAUCGGAGCUUUACUCUCUAGCCUACCUUUACUUCUCGAGUUCGACAUCCGACAAGAGUGAUCAGUUCGUCGCAUUGAUUGCAUUUCAACUUUUGCUGAUGAAGGUACUUGAUACUGGCUUGUCUACAUACUGUGCGCCCACGUACAAAACUUUUUGUAAGCAAAUUGGAAAUUGUUUGAGGCAAAGCGUUCGUGAGCUGUGUAGCCACUGGACAAUCACGCGUAAUCUAUUACGAAGUGGUGAAGAUUCUCAACUUCAAAAAGAAGUCGACCGCAUAGUGCUGCUUGCCGUUCAGUAUCUCGCCACUAGACCAGGAUUCGGGCUAUGGCAGUUUCUGGUCGAUCUACCAUAUGACUGUGUAUCGGAGGAAUGUCGGAAUCGAUGUGAAUAUUUUCUACGUUCUACCGAACAUGUUAAAGUGUCUGAGAUCUACGAUAUACCCAUAUCAGAAGUUUUAGCUCGGAACAAAAUUGGUGGUGUUAAAGAGCGCCUCGAAGCCAUAGGCCCAUUGGAUGCUGUCUUCUUAAUCAACACACUUGCCGCGCUUUCAUCGUAUUCUCACAACGAUGCUUCGCAUUUGGUAAAGGAGAUAAUAGAACUCAAUGAAAUGUUAAAGGUCUGUUUCUGUGAUGAAACUUCUCGUGAGAGUUUGUACAAAGUUGGCAGUGAAGCGGUAUCGCUGCUUAUUGCCCGUAGGCCAUCUACUUUCGAUCAACUGCUGACGCUGCUGGAUAGAAGUAUGACGCAUAUGGAUAAUCCACCUGACGAUGCGGCCAACCGUAUGGCACGUCGUAUUUUAUCGAGCCUUCACUGGGGCCCAAAUGAGGCCGGCGAUCAACUUUGGCUAGAUCCAGCCGUGCAUGAAAUAUCUGCAGAUACAGUGAUGAAAGUCGGUGUUUGCCAUGCGCACUCGAUCCACUGUGGGCACUCAAAUGGCAUGAUAGCAAAGUCGAUUAGACAGAUUUCGAAAUUGGCGAGCCGUAUGGCUGAUCACGAGCAGCUCUUCAACCAGUUUUGUUGGGAUAUACUGAUCAAAAUAAAACUCAAUCCUAAGUAUGCUAUUGACGUUUUGGCAUCUUCAAAUCUAUCAGGUUGCAAACUCUCACCUUCCAUGUUGAGCAUCCUAGGAAAAUGGCUAAUUAACAAGCCACCUGACGAUGCGGCCAACCGUAUGGCACGUCGUAUUUUAUCGAGCCUUCACUGGGGCCCAAAUGAGGCCGGCGAUCAACUUUGGCUAGAUCCAGCCGUGCAUGAAAUAUCUGCAGAUACAGUGAUGAAAGUCGGUGUUUGCCAUGCGCACUCGAUCCACUGUGGGCACUCAAAUGGCAUGAUAGCAAAGUCGAUUAGACAGAUUUCGAAAUUGGCGAGCCGUAUGGCUGAUCACGAGCAGCUCUUCAACCAGUUUUGUUGGGAUAUACUGAUCAAAAUAAAACUCAAUCCUAAGCAAAACGACGUCACUCCUCAAAAUGACCUAUCGGCCUUUUUUAUCUACAUCGACCAGAGCUGUCUUGAAAGCCCUUCUGUGUUUUUGGAACGAGGUGUGCCAUUGAUGAACGACUUAGUUGCUGCAGGCUGUUCAACGGCAUGCGUCGUACUGCUGGCAAGGCUCAUGCAGAAACACUAUACUAAAGUUAUCUCCUUUGGCUCACAUAAAGCCUUCAUGGAAUUAUUCGAUCGCGUCCUACACGUUGAUCAAUGCUCUUAUGCGGUGCAAUGGAUAACUGGGCCAUCGUCAAAACCAACGCCUAUUGUGCGGCUUAUUUGCUCGUCAUUGUCGUACUACUCAAAACAUGUACAUGAUACGGGUCAGUAUUUGCGAGCGUGGAUUAAUCUUCUCUGUGUUCGACGACCGACACUAUGGAUUAACGAUAGUGUAGGCAACGUUGCAAGUUCUUGGCUCCAUCACGCACAUGGCAUUCAUACACGAUCCCGUCAAUCUUUUAGGGAUUCCAGACAUUAUUCACAAUCUUUAUCAGCAAAUACUCACUUCAUGGCGAGAAAUUCGCGUGGUAUACUGUCGAUGUUCACAGCCGAACAAGCACCACCUCCCCUAAUUGCCAGCAACAUAAAGCAGCGUCCAAGUCGUCUCUACUGUUACCUUUAUCCGAGGAUCGCUGUGUACCGAUGGGCUGAUUUUGUUACAGUUUGCUCAAAUAGCACGGUUUUUCCACUAGCUCUGCAACGCCUGGCUACAGAGGCGUAUCGGUUGAAGACUGUGAAUGGAGCAACUUCAGGAGGAAGUACAGUUUUGCGCGUCCGUUUCCUAGACUCUACGGCUGCUGAGUCGGUGCUUACCUCCUGCAGAAAAGUGCUUACCGAAGUGCAUGAUCCAAAAGGUCUCGCAAAAGCAGUGAAUGGCUGGCUGUUCUGCUCCCACGAAGUCACACGGAAGGGUUUUGAUUUUUCGGUGUUUGAUCUAGACUACCUCCUACAACUCAUUCUAGCUGAUGACAAGAACAUUUGGCUGGAUUUUGUUGAUACUAGCAAGUUGACGCAAGAGGAACAACAAGAGGAAAGGCUAUUUUCGCUUACUUGCCAUCUGGGACCAAGAGAUCCUUCUCAGCAUGUGUCUGACCAUUUCUUGAAUAAGCCGCGCAAUUCGAGAGCGAUCGGGUUUCCAGUACUUCCUGCUCACCGUUCUUUACCUCCUCCACCAGUUGUAGAUAUGAGUGCAUUAUUCCAUGUGAAUACUGUAAUGGAAAUGAUAAACCCACUCAUCAAACACAUUCGUACAAUAUCAGAUGACUACGUGGUUGGCGGCGAAAAUAUGGCUAGUGAAGAUGUCAAAUACGUCGAACUUGUAACGAAACUCCAUACCGCCGUGAUGCAACAAGUACCAGUACAGUUGCGGUGUGGGAUUCGUUGUGCAAAUCCGUACAACACUGCCGUGCAGGUCACCACUACGAAAUUUAAUGAGGCCACUGACGCCCAGAUGGCUCAGAGUCGUGAGAAACGGAGUGCCAUACUUGGCGAGUUGCAUACAGGCAGGAGUGCUAGAUCGUGCCGCAAUAGCAUCGGCGACAAUGGAGCACAUAGCAAGUGUUUGCUAAUUUCAGGAAUUUGUGCGUAUGCAGCCUCAGGAGCGAUUCCCGUUAUGAUUAUGGUUUUGGAAGGAUUUGCCUUGUGUGAUCCCUUGGUGGAGGCCUUCACUCCAGAGUGUCUGUCGUCCACAGAACUCUGUUCUGCAUACACCCGGCUGUCUGAAGCUGUUCGAGAUCCCGAGAGAAGUUCGAGGGCGUUGAAGCUAUUGAGUAAGCUACAAUUCAAAAGUUCUGGCGGCUUGGUAUGGAUAAGGCAGCUGCAUCCCUACCUCCUCAACAUGCCUCUGGGUUGCUCCAUUUGCUACACUGGCUUCAGAAUCUUGCAGCCGAGCCAGACUCAAAAUAGCUCCUUGCAUAUAUCUGUAUUGAAAUUGGUACGUUUCGUGUUUAUGGUCGCAUUGCCGAAACUUCUUGCCGGCUGUGGAUAUGGCCUGAAGGUACGUGCAUCAAUGCUUGAUUUGGUGAAAAUGCUAUCACAACGUAACGACUGGUCGGCAGUUUCACCUGAACGUGCUGAGGAACUGGCUAAAGUAGUAGCUGUCUGCCUUCCUUACGAUUCGCUCACCAAUCCGACGGAUGUCCUUGUUUUUAUUCUAGUGGGUGUGCUGCAGAUGUGGCAUAUGGCGCAAAAUCUGUUGAUUUAUGAGAAUCUCCGCGCGUUCUCCGUCGUUGCCAGAGAACUUACAGUGUUGUGGAGUAGAAUUUCCGAUCCGAAAUUUGGAGAAUCGCUAGUCACAACUUGGAAUGCCUAUAUUGAUGCGAAUGCUGAGUCUCCACUAGUGCUCAUGUCACUGAAUACGGUUAUUGGAAAUUGCUUCUCUUGGGCCGAGUUGAUGGAAUGGGCGCAAUGUCCAGGAAGUCUCACAGUCAUCGUUCGAGAUUAUUUGCUGAGUGUUUCAAGUUCCAACAAAACCCAUCCGUUAAUGUUGACGACGGCUUGGUUCUUGAAAUUCCUGCAGCCCAGUGACGACGUUGUUUCGGCUCUUCAUGGGUUUAUCACCAGUAUUAAACCGAAGUUCGUGCAUUAUGAAUCAAGCCACAACAAUAGAGAAGUGUUCUUAUUCAGACAUGUCUGGUGCGAGGCUUCAUUUCUGCUGCUGAUCUGGCAGGAGGUUCGAUGGCUGGCUGACUCCGUGAUAGCAGCUCAUGCCAGCUCUGCUGCUCUCGAUGAUCGGCUGCCAUCAUUUAUGCGGUGGCUAAGCAAGGCUGCCAAGGAUGAGUCAAGCUUUAUAACAAAUCUAAUUACUAGCAAAAAGACGGCUCAUUCUCCUCGGCUUAGAGCGAUCCUAACAAUACUCGAGUUGUAUCUGAUGCAGCAAAUGAUGGGAGAAUCGCAGUUACCAAGAGCCACAGAAAACGCCCCUGUUUUGAACAGCCGAAUCCAUGCUCUCAAGGAAGUUGCAUCCGUCAAAGCAAAUCAGCAGUUCGCAGCAGCCUUCAAUAUCGCUACGCCAUUCUUCGUACAAGUGGAUUUGCAUCACAUCGGCUCGGCUCCUAGCCUCGUUCUUCAAUGUUCAAGAGCUCUAUUUAAAGAGAAAUUUCUUAUGGACCCUGUGAUCUUUGUUACUACUUUGAUUCCGAUUAUGACCUCCCUUGAAGUCUUAUGGCAUGUAAACCGUGUGCUUGCACGUGAUACUCCAAAUUGGCGUAAAGGAGACACUAGCCGUCUCUGGGUCUUGGUUAAAAACCUAAACGGCGUGGUAUGCGGUUCUGCCUGCCGCUAUGUGCGCUCUUGGUUGUGGUCGUUCUUGGAUCAGACUAUCCACGAGAUCCUUAUGCAACUCUUGGUAUUUCGAGGAGAGCCACUGCUAAAGAAAUCAAAAGGGCGUACAAGCAGCUUGCCAAGGAAUGGUAGGCACCCGGAUAAAAAUACCGCACCAGAAGCUCAAGAUCGAUUCGUUGCAAUAAGCCGGGCCUACGAGCUUCUGUCAGAUCCACUGAGAAAGGAGCGAUUUGAUAAAUUUGGAGCAGUUGACGAAACACCGCAAUCUGGAGCGCAGCAUCAUGGAUUCGGUGGAUUCGAACACUUCGUAAGUAACGCUGUUUCGUCUUUGAUUGGUUCUCUUUCAUCAAGCGCCUCUAGUUUGGUGGAUUUGGUGGCUACGAGGACGGUAUUUUUGGCAAGCAGCGAAUCUCUCUUCGUCAGUACACUCAUACAAUUUUGGAGAGGUUACGGUAUCGGUGCCGUCAACGCCAUGACUGAUGGUAAUUUAUUGGAGAAGUUGAGGAUUUCCCGUCUUCCUGCAAUUGUAGCCAUCGUUGAAGGCAGAGUGACACAUUAUCGUGCGGAUAUGUUCCUGAUGAAUGCGAGAGAUGUGCGUGUUUUCGCUCGGGAUGUCAUUCCAAGAACUUAUAUGGGUUUGAUCAACUCCCACGAUGGUCUUUCAAGAUUUGUCAAUCAGUGGCAACAGAGUAACAAGAUAUCUGUGGUCGUGUUGGGAGCUGCUCCUGAACCACGGAUGCGAUAUCUUCUUGCUGCAAUGAAAUACUCACAUUUUGCUCGAUUUGCAUACAUUCAUCUUUCGUCGCCGUCAGAUGAGGUGGCAUCAAUUCGUGAUGAUUUGGCCAUCAAGUGUACGCAGUGUGAAAAUGUUCUCAUAUUCAACGACUUACCUGGGGGUGGACCUGUAGCCAGACUGUCUAUUAGUAACAUAAAUCAGCUCACCAUGGAUACACUGAAUAACUUAGUCGAGAACAACAAAUGGAUAAGCUUGCCGAGACUCUCGUCAUCUGAAUACCUUGACGAACUGUGUCCUGUGUCGUCAAGAAAUCCGAGACGCCUUUGUGUUAUUUUGCCUGUGAUGGAUUCCUCAGAAGAUGAAGGUUUUCUGAAUAGUUUCCGCAUGUUUGCUCGUCAACACAAGGAUCUUUAUGCUCAACAGAAGGUUGUUCUCACCUACAUCUAUGCCAAUAGACAGUCUGAAUGGAUAAAACCGUUUUUGGAGAAGCGAGCAGGCGAUAGCGUUGCGGACGCCAGGGAUGUGUUGGUAAUUUGGCGAAUCGAACACGUGAAGGCUCGUUUCACGUGGCUCGAAUCCGCCUGGGGUGUUGGUGCAGAACACUUUGAGACGUUGUUGGGUAGUGUAAUAUCACAAGUGACACGAUUGGAUCUGACCGCCCCAGUGGGAAACUUGAUAAAUGAGUAUGCGCCGUCGUGGUGGACGCGUAUGUGCCGCGCUUUGGUGCGCAUGGUACAAUCUGCCUGGUUCCAUAUAACAAAAGAAGAGGCAUAUCCCGUGUUGUCAGCUGUUGCAACGUUUCUUGUUAUUCUUGUUAUUGGCUACACUCUUAACUACAUGAAUCAGGAGUCGAGGCCUAAGAAACCACGAACAUUCGCUAGCGAUGAGUGGCAUCCAGAAGAUCCGCAGUCGAAGUCAGAUCCUCCACAAAAGCCAAAUCCUCAGGCAAGAUUGCAGCGUGCACUGUCCAUAAUGAACCCACAUAUCCAUGAAUUGCGGGCGGAGAGCUAUUUCGGCAUGAUCCGUCUGCUGAAACCAGGCUGUAGAUCACUUAUACUUCUCGUCGAUGAGGAAAACAAAGAGAAAUUACUCAUGCAGUUUGCCCAAUAUAUUCUGCCUCUUAGGAACAAUAAAACCUUUUCGUUUGGUUUCCUGAUGGUGGAGAAGAACUUGCCUUGGUUCCGGAAAUUGCUCGAACAUACACUUCCCCUUGGUGACGAAAAUACUCCAAAAGAUGGAAAUUCUCUCUAUGUAAAAUUGAAGUCAAUAAAUCCUCGUCAGACAGUUGGCACUGUCCUUGCUUUGUGCGGUUGGAAGCUGUACUUUUCGAUAUACCAUCCCAUGCACACAGCUGGAAAGAAGAAGCAACAAAAUCAGCAUUUCUUGGGAUUCGAUGACGAUGAGGAUAUUACAUCGGAUUCGGAUAGUGAUAACGGUACUGCAGAAGAUGAAGUAAUGCUGCGUCGUACGGGUAGUGCUGUGAGCGUGGAGAAUGUCCUAAAUGGCUUCCCAAAUUGGUUGGAUAGACUUCUGGAAGGCUCAAUACGACGGUAUUACAUCCCGGAAUGGCCAGAUAAUCUACGAUAA